AUGGACGUUUCAGAGGACCGAUUUUACGGCUCCCAGACGCCGGACCGAUCCGAGACGAACAGCCCGCGAUCGCAAAUGAGUAGUCCCAACUCGACCUCGUCGAUAAACGUCACGGACCAGUCCAUUUCAAUGUCACAGCAUCAGCAAAAUUUGGAAACUCUAAAUCGCAUGGGGAUGUUCUUCCACGCUCAACAGAUGCAUCUCAAUCAGAGUUUUGAUGUUGUAAAGUCCAGGUUAGGUUUGACCCAAGUGCCUAAUGGAAACCAGGGGCCGCGGCAUACGAUAGACGCAAUAUUGGGGUUGAAUGGGGGUAGGCAAAGAGUGCAGAGUGAUUUCGAGGCGAGAAAAGAAGAUCGGGAGCGAGAGUGUGAUGCUGUGCCCGUGUCACCUGGAGCCGUGGAAAGUGCGGGGGAGGGUUCGUGUAAUAGCAACGACGGCUUCCAAGCGCCGGUAGACGACAAGUCGGCGAGCGACGACGACACCCCCCGGCCCGGCUCGGCCUCCGACAAGAAGAAACAUCGCCGCAACAGAACCACCUUCACGACCUACCAACUGCACGAAUUGGAACGUGCGUUCGAGAAAAGUCACUACCCUGAUGUGUAUUCGAGAGAGGAGCUGGCCAUGAAAGUCAACUUGCCGGAAGUUAGAGUACAGGUUUGGUUUCAAAAUCGACGCGCAAAAUGGCGCAGGCAAGAGAAGAUGGAAGCGGCGAGACUUGGCUUAUCAGAGUACGGCGCGCCUGUGCCGCGGCUGACGGGCCUGGGCCUGCCGGUCGACCCCUGGCUGGCCCCACCACUACUCACUGCUUUACCUGGGUUCCUGAGCCACCCGCCCUCGGGCUACCCGAGCUACCUGACGCCGCCCGCCACCGCCCCGCCCGCCCCGGCGCCGCCCGACCCCCGCUCUUCUUCCAUAGCCGCCCUACGCCUAAAAGCCAAGGAACAUGUAGAGAGCAUCAGCAAAGGCCUCCAAAUGGUC